AUGGCAUCUUUUUUAACUGCUCGUUUUCUGGACCGCAGCUUACUCCAAACAGUCGGCAUCGCCUGGGCAAUUGUCGUCCCCCUUUAUGUUGUCGUCUGGCAAUGCUACAUUUUCCCCUUCUAUGUCUCUGAGAUGCGACAUGUCCCUACAGUUGCGGGCUUCCCACUAUGGGGCCAAUUCUUCGACAUUAUUUCACACGAGGUCGGCGAACCUCAGCGCAAGUGGCACGAACAGUACGGUCCCAUCAUCCGCUACUUCUUUCCCUUUGGUGCUGAGCGCUUGUCCAUCGCCGAAGACGAGGCCCUCAAGCAGAUGACGGUCAAGAAUCCGUACAACUACCCCAAGCCUGUUCGCGCAAAGCUUUGGAUGGUCCGAAUUCUUGGUGAAGGCGUCCUCCUUGCCGAGGGACACGAACAUGUCCACCAACGCAAAGCCCUCGCCCCUGGCUUCUCUAUUCAGUCCAUCCGUGCGCUGACGCCCAUCUUUUGGGAGAAGUCACUCCUCCUAGCGAACUGCUGGCGGAAAGAGAUGCAUGCUGAUGGUGUGUCGACGAAAUCUUUCGAGGCUCUUGACUGGCUCAAUCGUACCACGCUUGACAUUAUCGGCAAGGCCGGCUUUGGCUACGACGUCAACUCCCUUGAGAAUCCCGAUGCACCCUUGCGCGAGGCUUACCGUCUCUGCUUCUCCUUCGACAUCGUCUCCCGCAUACUCAUCGGGCUUCAAGCUUUCAGCCCCAUCUUCAAUCACCUGCCCUCCAAGGUCAACCGCGAUCUCAUGCAGUCACGCUCUAUCAUACUUAGUAAGGCGACCGAGAUUAUCAAAGAGAAGCAAGAAGAGGCGGCCAACAACACCGGCGGCAAAGACAUCCUUGCCCUCAUCGCACGUGACAACAAGAAACUUAAGGAGGCUGGCGAGGCGGGGCUGUCUUUCGAGACAAUGCGCGACCAGGUCAUGACUUUCCUCGGCGCGGGACACGAUACCACCGCUACGGGGGUCGCCUGGACUCUGCAUUUGCUCUCCAAGAAUCCUGUCGUCCAGUCGCGCCUGCGCGAGGAGAUCAAAGACCACAUGCCCUUCCUCCUGGACAAGAACACGCGCUUCGACGCGAACCUCAUCGCAGCCGCUGACGCUGACAAGCUCCCUUAUCUUGACAAUGUCUGCCGUGAGGCCCUGCGCUUCAUCCCACCCAUCCCCAUGACGGUGCGGCAAUCCGUCAACGAUGACAUCCUGGGGGGAACCGUGGUCUACGUCCUUGCCAACGCCAUCAACCGACUGCCCAUGUACUGGGGCGACAGUGCCGAUGAGUUUGACCCGGACCGCUGGGAUGAUCUGCCGGCGACGGCAACGCCUAAUGCGUUCAUGACUUUCUUGCAGGGCCCGCGUGGGUGUAUCGGACGCAAGUUUGCAGAGACGGAGAUGAAGAUUUUGUUGUGCUGUUUGUUGAGUAUGUAUGAGUUCCAGCGAGACUUUGAGACGCUUGAUCCCGAAGAUUGGAAGAUGUGGAGGCUUGUGCUGAGACCUAGGGAUGGCGUUACUUUGAGGGUGACCGCCAUCUGA